AUGUAUCAAGUCAUGAGGAUCAUUCUGUUUGCUUGUUUGGUCAUUGCAGCUCGUGCCAGUGUGGACCCAAAGUGCCCUCCGCCAUCAGGAGAUGCUGGGUUAUGUGUCAUCACAGAAGCGAGUUGUUUUCCAGGUCGUCCAUGUCCUGAAGGUCUUGUUUGCUGUCCAGAAGGGUGUGGCUCAAUUUGUAAACCACCAGUAAACAUACCAAAUCCAAAAUGUCCAGUCAAUGACAAGUUUGGUCCCUGUGUAAUCACCAAAGACAGCUGUUUAAGCGAUGUAGACUGUCCUCCAGGUCGUUAUUGCUGUCCUGAUGGGUGUGGUAAAAAGUGUAAAAAUCUGGUAUGUCCACCAGUUUGUGCAAUUUAUUGUCCGAAUGGUAACGUUCUUGAUAAAAACGGAUGUCCAACAUGUCAAUGUAAAGUAUGUCCACCAGUUUGUGCAAUUUAUUGUCCGAAUGGUAAUGUUCUUGAUAAAAACGGAUGUCCAACAUGUCAAUGUAAAGCUUGUCCGAACGUACUUUGUUACAUGUAUUGUGAAUAUGGUUUUGAACGCAAUGAAGAUGGUUGUGAAAUCUGCAAAUGUAAAGACACACCAUGUAAAUACGGUGCCACGCCAAUUAGAAAUUCUGUGAAUGAACUAGUAAAAUGUAAAGUAGGCAAAUAUGGUUGUCCCAAAAAAAAUACAGAAUGUACAGCCACCAAUAACGCAGUAAAUGAUGUAUGUUGUCCGACAUGUUCACCAGUCCUAUGUAAACUGUAUUGUAAACAUGGUUUUAAAGAGGGAAAGGAUGGUUGUGAAAUAUGUGCUUGUAGAGAAUGUGAUCCCGUCAGAUGUAAAAUAUACUGUAAAUAUGGAUAUAAAGUUGAUAAGAAUGGUUGUGAAUACUGUGGAUGUAAAGAAACACCAUGUGGAUAUGGUGCUCUGCCUGCAAGUGACACACAUGGAACACAUAUAAACUGUGGACGAGAAGGAACUCCUUGUCCCAAUGGUACCAGUUGCGAGAUAGAACCCAAUGAUCGAUAUGCUGUCUGUUGUCCAGAUUGCAAAGCUAUUUGUUCAAGGCUAUGUUUAUACGGAUUCAAACUGAAAAAUGGUUGUCCAACGUGUGAGUGCAAAGAUUGUCCACAAGUACCAUGUGAUUUAAAGUGCCCACUUGGAUAUAAAGUUGAUAAAAGAGGCUGUGAAAUUUGUUCUUGUAAAGAGUGUUCUAAAAUAAUGUGUGAUCUUCACUGUCAAUAUGGAUUUAAACGAGAUAAAAAUGGAUGCGAAAUCUGUGAAUGUCAAGAUUCACCGAUUAUACCUCACAACUUUGGGUGUCCAACUCCACCAUCAAGAUUCUUGGUCAAGUGUAGUUUGCACAAUGAUAACUGCAACUCCAAUUUUGAUUGCCCGAAUGGUAAAUUAUGCUGCAAUAAUCCUUGUGGUAGAUAUUGUUCAGAUCCAGUGCCUAUUAAAGACGGAUUUUGUCCUGCUCAACCUGACCCAACCUUAGUUGACUGUGCUUCACUUCGAGAUAAUUGCUAUGUAGACAGUGAUUGUCCUGAUUUCAGGAAAUGCUGUCCUACUUCAUGUGGUAACUUCUGCCAGGCUCCAAGUCCUAAACCUGCUGAUAAUCCAGGUGUCUGUCAAUACGUACCACCUUUAGCACAAUGCUCGAAUUUUCAAAAUAAAAGAAAAUGCGACGCUGAUUUCGAAUGUCCCUUUUAUGAGAAAUGCUGUGAAACAAAAUGUGGUAAACUUUGUUUAGAAUCUGAACGAUUGGUUAUAAAUCCAGGUGAUUGCCCAAAACCGGACAAAAAUAUUGUUAUUUGCCUCAUUUACCAAAAGAAAUGUAACCAAGACGGUAAUUGCCCACCAAAUCAAAAAUGUUGUGAUAAUAAGUGUGGUACGAGAUGUCAGGAACCACUUCCUAAACAAGGGAAAUGUCCAAACGUUGUAAAGUGUGCUACAUCAGAUGAAUGUGUGAAUGAUCUACAGUGCCCUGGAAAUGAACUUUGUUGCGCUGCCUCAGGUUGUAGUCGAACAUGUGUUGAUCCUGAAAUAGCUUUAAUCAAACCAGGUACGUGUCCAGUUCCACCCGAUCCAUCAGCAGUCCUGUGUUCUAUUGACUCUAAAGAUGAAUGUACCAAUGACAAUGACUGUCCUAUUGAUCUUAAAUGUUGUAAACAUCCUUGUGGUAAAAGAUGCGAUCUUGUUCGACCAAAACCAGGUGUGUGUCCAGUUCCACCUCAACCAUUAGCAGUCCUGUGUUCUAUUGACUCUAAAGAUGAAUGUACCAAUGAUCGCGAAUGCCCUAUUGAUCUUAAAUGCUGUGAUCAUCCAUGUGGCAAAAGAUGCGAUCUUGUUGAACCAAAGCCUGGAAUGUGUCCAGUUCCACCUCAUCCAUCAGCAGUCUUGUGUGCUAUUGACUCUAAAGAUAAAUGCUCCAAUGAUCAUGACUGUCCGAUUGAUCUUAAAUGUUGUAAUCAUCCUUGCGGUAAAAGAUGCGAUUUGGUAAGACCAAAACCAGGUAUGUGUCCAGUUCCACCUCGUCCAUCAGCAGUCCUGUGUUCUAUUGACUCUAAAGAUGAAUGUACCAAUGAUCGUGAAUGUCCUAUUGAUCUUAAAUGUUGUAAACAUCCGUGUGGUAAUAGAUGCGAUCUUGUUGAACCUGGCUCUACGACAGAAGAAGAUUCGUCAAAUGAUUCGGACUGGUCUGCAGAUUCAUCAGCUCUUUCCUAUUCAGAGGAAUUCGAUUCAGCACAUGCAUACUCAGAGGAAUAUGGAUCAGAAUCCGACACGUCUGAAUCCGAAUCAACAGAAUAUUUAGAUCCAGUUGAUACCAAGAAGAGAGCUAUGAAAGAAUCUAAUAUUCUUUAGACUUAAAUAUGAAAUGAUAAUAAAAAAAUCAAUCAAU